ACUAGGGGACGGGCGAUCAGCCAGCAGUAGACAGAGCAGCUCUGAGAAUGACCCCAAGAACUGUGAUGCCCGGCCGUGGAGCAGCACUGAUUCAGACAGUUCCAACCGUAACCUGAGGCCCACCAUGACCAAGGCCAGCAGCUUCAGCAGCAUCUCUGUCCUCAUCAGAGGAGACAGCUCAGCCAGCAGCAAGAGCACCGGACGCCUCUCCAAAACAGGUUCUGAGUCUUCUAAUAGUGUAGGGUCUUCUACGAGUUCCAUCUCUCGCCCCCAAGUCCUCCACCUGCCUCUCCCUGUCCCAGCUGCUCUAACCCAGGCAGCCGGCCCUGUCGGGGGCCCCAGCACGGUGCAACCUACACCUUCCUCCUCUGCGUCCUCCGCUGCCACGGCCCCCAGCAGUAGUAGAACUUCUGUACACUGUGAUYGGGGCAGCAGGAAUGGCCCGGCGCCUGCAUCCGGCCCAGYGCCAACCCAGGCMACUGCUAAUGCUACUAGUUACUAUUUCCUUCCCCCGGAAGCCACAGGGAUACCGCCUGGCAGUAUACUGGUCAACCCACACACAGGCCAACCCUUUGUAAACCCUGACGGCAGUGCUGUGAUAAACCCUCGAUGACCUCACAGAAGGUGGAGGAGCCAGCAGCCCUUGGCCCCUCCCCAACCGCCCCCUGCCCCGCACCAGCCAGCCAAUCACGUCCUCUCCCAGCCGGUUCGGCAUCUCCAGCCCUCUGCUCCACAGCCGAUCCAGUACUCAACCAUCUCUUACCCUCCUCCUCAGUUCCUGCCACUCUCCUCUAACCAACAAUACACUUUGCAAGAAGGGCUGGCUGCCCAGUUCAGCCACAUGAGUGUGGUGCGCCAGGCGUCCAGCGACGGCACUAACGGCGGCCCCCACCCUGCCAUGUACCCUUCGGGCCCUGUGGUGCUCCAGGSCCCCCUGCAGCACCAGCAGACUGGCUACAUGGUGGCCCCUCCAGGGCCCCCUGUGGUGGGACAAACCCAGGCCUACCCCGGCCCUGCACACCCUAUGAGCCAGCCGGUCAUGCAGCAACAGGGCUACAUGCCACAGCAGGUACAACAGAUGCACACAUGUUACUGUGCUCCAGCCCAGGACCCCCACUCCCACUCCAACCAGCACUAUCGCCCUGUCAGCCCCGUGCACUACACCAGCCCCCAGAACCAGCCUCUACCCCAGCAGCCAGGUAAAGGUGUUGGUGAUGAAGACCAGGAGUCUGGACUGGAACACAGAGGUGUUGGUGAUGAAGACCAGGAGUCUGGACUGGAACACAGAGGUGUUGUGGUGAAGAACCAGGAGUCUGGACUGGAACACAGAGGUGUUGGUGAUGAAGACCAGGAGUCUGGACUGGAACACAGAGGUGUUGGUGAUGAAGACCAGGAGUCUGGACUGGAACACAGAGGUUUGGUGAUGAAGACCAGGAGUCUGGACUGGAACACAGAGGUGUUGGUGAUGAAGACCAGGAGUCUGGACUGGAACACAGAGGGAGCUGACAUGGAACACAGAGGUGUUGGUGAUGAAGACCAGGAGUCUGGACUGAACACAGAGGUGUUGGUGAUGAAGACCAGGAGUCGACUGGAAACACAAGACGUGUUGGUGAUGAAGACCAAUCAUGGAGUCUGUCCAUCGAUGGGUUUCUUACCUCCUCCUGGAGCAGAGCAGAUGCAGUUUCKCCGGGCUUCGUCUCCGUGUGGGACCCAGCAGCUACCAGGACAGCAGUGCACAGGUGUGCACCCCGGUCCUCACAGUGGUGGUAUGGUGAUGAUGCAGCUGACCCUGCCCCCUAACCACCAGCCCAGAGCCCACUCCCCUUCACAGUGGAAACACAACAGAUUCUACAGUCUGGAUCACACACGCAGCCAGAGGUCCUCAGAACAACUAAACAACACACAGGUAACUACUCAGAACCACCAGACGACUCACGGAACCUCCACUCGGCCGCCCCAUCCCCAUAUAAUCACCCAGUUCCCCAGACCCUUCGGCCCAGGGCAGGCAGUGGACGGCAGAUACCCAUUACUGGGUCAACCCCUCCAGUACAACCCUGCCAUCAGGCCUCCGCUGAUCCACGGCACACACCACAUGAUCCCCAACCACCACCACGGCCCAAUGGGAAUCCGGCAUCAUGGGGGGCGAGGGAGGAGACCACCGCCUAGGAAGUCAUUAUCAUCAGAUCUUAGUGUAGGUGACCCAGUGAACAGUGGAGUCCUGGAGGUGCUGGAGCUACCAGAGGGCAUCAGUCGUACGGAGGCAGACUCUCUCCUGGGGGAACUAUACAGAGGAGGGGCCAUGAUCAAGUGGUUGUCUGAGACCCAACAGCACCAACACCAGAACCAGUCUGGUGAAACCCUGCUGAAGCACUGUGGGGCUGGGGGGGACGGUAAAAACGGUGACACAAACACUGACACUACUUCCUGUUCCAAACCCCCCAGUAGUAACCAUAACGACCUGGCGUCCACCUACACCAUCCUGGCUGUGUUUCCCUCCAGGUACGCAGCUCAGAACGCCUUGCUCAGACACAGUGGCCCUGCCGGCCCUGGGCCCCUCCUUACCACKACGUUCAAACUGAGAACUAGCAAGAGACACUCUGAGUUUCACAACCUGGAGAGGACCAGCUCUCAAUAGCAGGGUGGGGUGCUGUAGCCAGRCAACCAGGAGAGGACCACCUCUCAAUAGCAGGGUGGGGUGCUGUAGCCAGCCAACCAGGAGAGGACRWSCUCUCAAUAGCAGGGUGGGGUGAUAUGUUACUAGGGCCCCUGAGAGGUUGUUCUAGGGUCUCCCACGGGGUGCUAUGAGGGGCUGCCUGUCACGGGCCCUCGCCAUGGCCCCUCCACCUCCACUGCUGCCAUUGGCCAACCAACCAGACACCCCUCUUCUGCAAGCAUCACUCACUAGUCUCCACUUCCCACCGGACUGACAGACAGACUGAUGGAGUAUCACUCGGUUGGCAUUAUCUAACAGCUURUUCACUUGAGUUGUAGAGGCUUUCUGGAAAUGCCUUUAGAACGUUCUCUAUUUUUUGAGAUGAAAAUGUGUAAAAAGGAUCUGACAACACACCAAUGUUGAAACACAAAGACACAGACAGAAAAAKAAGCUUGAAGUUCCAAAAGUGUCAUAUUUUAUUUGCAGACAGAACAUGGUAAAGGAGCAGCAUGUUUUAUUUUAUUUUGUUUUAUGUUUGUUAAAAGCUGCAGUCAGAACACCCAAAGCAGGGUUGUACUCAUUCAUUACAAGAGGAUAAUAUACCAAGUGUCUCUCAUUGGACAAGAGUGUCUCUCUUUGGGCCGGAUUCUGAUUUGAGAUCUGCAACYGAUAACUCCAGAUUUCAGUUUAAAAUGUCCCAUUGACGUAAAAGCUUUAUUUACACGAAAACCUGAGUUGUGCUGGUGUAUAAUAUCAAGUUAGUAUUCGGCCCMUAGAGUCAGUCUCCUGUUUAGUCAGUUGGUGUGCUACUAAAACAGCAGAUUAGAGUCUUCUAGAACAAGGUUGUGUCCCAAAUGGCACCCUAUUUCCCUAUAUAGUGCACUACUUAGGUCUCAUAGGGCUGUGGUUUUAUGAGCCCUAUGGGACCUGGUCUAAAGUAGUGCACUAUCUAGAGAAUKGGGUUCUGUUUGGGACUUAGCCCAACAGAAUGUUCUUUUUGUGCCUUCUAACUGGACUCUGGUGCCCCUGUCCAUCCCUCUCCCAAACACCCCUAAAGACAAGACACGCCAUCCAAUUCCAUUUGUAUAAACUCUGACUCACCAAUUUCAUUCACAAUAAAUCAUCACUGAUAUGGUA